CCUAUUUUGCGCCACAUUCGAGUCGUUUUUUGCGUCGAAGACGGUUGUGCAGUGUAAUAGAAAGUUUCCUCAUUGUUAUCCGUUGUAAUAUUGCAAUAAGAUGCCGCCCAUCAAACCAACAGAAUCCAAGAACCGUACUAAGUCGAGUCGCGCCGGAUUGACUUUUCCGGUAGGUCGAAUUGCGACAGCGCUUAAAAAAGGCAGUUAUGCUGAUCGCAUCGGGGUCGGAGCAAGCAUCUACAUGGCAGCUGCCCUAGAGUAUCUUGCAGCAGAAAUCCUUGAACUGUCUGGAAACGCUGCCAAAGAUAACAAAAAAAGCCGUAUCGUUCCUCGCCACAUCCAGUUGGCCGUACGCAAUGAUGACGAAUUGAGUGUACUGCUGAAGGAAGUAACCAUAUCAGAGGGAGGAGUACUUCCCAACAUCCAAGCGAUUCUUCUGCCCAAGAGCACAAAGGCCAAGAAGACGCAGGAUUCUUCCCAAGCCGGUCCCAGCCAGGAGUACUAAUGAUCUGAUUAUCGAUUUGUUUGUUUUCCGUUACCAUGACAAUCGACGUUGAUUUAUGAGAUUUCAUGUGUAUUUAGUUAUAAAACGGGUCCACCUGUAGAUUCGUAUAAAAUAUGUUGCAUUUUAUAUCUCCGAUCAAAAGGCAAUGAUCAAACUGAAGUAAUACAAUUUUUAUAAGAAAUCCUUAGAUGGUAAAAUGAAGCAUAGGGGGAGCAUUUUCUUAUUUGAUCGGAUAGUUAUGUACGUUGAUAAUAAAAUUUGUUUUUAUAAGUAAA